UGGAGACAUACCAACCGUUGAAAAUGGUUAAAUACAUCCGGAAAAUACUAUUGACUCGCACGCCCAUUAUUUCACUGGAAAACUUCUCUAUUUCUAGAACGUCACGUGUUUUACACAUUCACUUCAGUCUGCAACCGUUGCGACUAGUCGAUUACACAAUGUUUCAAAAGUGCGCAUUAUUCAUGUUAGAAUUUACAUAUCUUCGUUGCAACUCUACGAGCUCAGUGGCUAAACGUAGACCAUCGAAUUACAUAAACGAUGACGGAAUAAUGCAAGUGACAAUACAAUACAAUACAAUACAACACAACACGACACAACACAACUGCCAUGAAAAAUGCAGAUAUAUUUUCUGAAACGUUGAGUAAUCUACAAUAAAGAUAGAUAAAAUACGUUAUUAUAAUCACCUUUACAUACAUCUAAUAUAUGCACGAUAUUAAACUAAUUUUGCUAUAUCUCACUUAUAUUUAUCAUUUAUUUCUCGAUUUAAUAUUUACAAAGUGCCGCUAUUUCGAUUCGCCAUGGCGACAGUUGUUGUCGGUACUCGGUACUUCACCUAGUAAUAAAUUAUAAAUAGCUCACACACACACACUGUCGUGAAGCAUUAUCUUGCAAAUAAAAAUCUAGUCCAGCGAAUUUCUUCUAUGACGGUUCAAUCGUCAUUCCGUCCUUGAACAAUUAUUUAAGACACAAAAUAUGCGAAUAUAACUUUCUCUUUAACAUGAUUAUGCAUAAUCGCGCAAAUAUAUAUUUUUUUCUUCUCCUUUUAGUUACACGCUAUUAUUUACACAAGUGCGCACGGAGA